UCCCUGCAAGGGAUGAUGAUCCACCAAAGUUGCUAACGGCUUACCAGUAUGAAGGCUCGAGGUAGGAGCGAACGUCCUCAGCCAUGGCUCAGCGCCUCUGGGUGCCCUAAACUUGUGUAAGAAUGGGCUUGGAAGAGCUCGGGAGUGUCAAGAUCAUACUGGGUUCUUCCUCACAAACGCGGCAAGCGGUUCUUCGAGAGAUGGGUUACAACUUCACUGUGAUGUCGGCGGACAUCGAUGAGCGUGCCAUUCGAAGAGAAACUCCGGAAGAGCUGGUCAUGGCGCUUGCUCACGCCAAGGCUCAAGCUAUCUUGCCACGGAUCACAAGCCUCGAAACUUCGGACGAAGAAGUUCUUCUCAUCACCGCGGACCAGGUCGUGGUGAACGGAGGUGUUGUGCGCGAGAAGCCAUUGAAUGGCGACGAAGCUCGCACCUUCAUCGCUGGCUACGCGCGAGACCCAGCCAUCACAGUGAGUGCCGUGCUUGUGACAAAUGUGACCACUGGAGUCAGCAAUGGUAGCAUCGACAAAGCCGAGAUUUACUUCCAUCCUAUUCCCGAGCAAGUAAUCGACGAUCUGAUCAAGGAAGGGUCGGUCCUGUAUGCCGCCGGCGGCCUCCUGGUGGAGCAUCCCCUCGUCUCUCCAUUUGUCCAGUCCAUGAUUGGAACUCUUGACAGCGUCAUGGGAUUGCCCAAGGAGCUCACGCACACUCUCAUCCGCGACUCGCUCUCUCGCAACAAAGAACCAAAUAAGUAGCCGAUGAUCUCAUGAAAAAAAAAAACAAACAAACAAAAAUCACAGUGAUUCAACUGGAAAAAUUCUUUCUUGUC